UAUAAAUCACUCAGUUAUUUUUAUAAAGUUAUUGGGCUACAGUGAUAAUAUUUUUUCUGGCUUCCAAGUGGCUAUCUACAAAAUCAACUGCACUAUGUCUCAGAAGACGGUCUUCAUCACAGGUUGCAGCGAAGGCGGAAUAGGUGACGCUCUAGCUAAAACAUUCCACAAAAAGGGCAUGCGAGUUUUUGCAAGUGCUCGCAAUGCUGCAAAGGUCCAACAUCUUAAGGACAUGGGUCUUGACAUCGUCCGACUGGACGUCGCCGACGAAGAGUCGAUUAGAGAAGCGGUGGGGACUGUCAAGGCGGCAACUGGGGGAACUUUGGACUUCCUGGUCAAUAAUUCGGGUUUAGGAUACAGUCUUCCCUUGUUGGACUCGGACGUGUCAGUAGCGAAGAAGAUGUUUGAUGUGAACGUCUUCGGCGUCGUUACGGUAACUCAAGCAUUUGCACCUCUUCUCAUUGCAUCGAAAGGGACAAUUAUCAACAUCGGGUCCGUACUUGGCAAAAUGCCACUCCCAUGGCAAGGAUACUACAAUGCAAGUAAAGCGGCGGUUGCUCUCAUCACCGACCAAAUGCGCAUUGAGCUCUCUCCUUGGGGAGUUAGAGCGAUCCUCGUCAAUACCGGUGUAAUCAGAACGAAGUUCUUCGAUAAUCUUCCAAACACCCCCGUCCUACCAGAAAGUUCCCUGUACUAUCCUGCUAAGGAUGUGAUUGAGCCAGCAUUAGCUGGAGCCGAGGCGGAGAAGAAUGCCAUGGAUGUCAACUCGUAUGCUGAGGCUGUUGUCAACAACGCAACAAGAUCUAGCCCUAAAAAGAAUCUCUGGGUUGGAGGAGGGGCUUUUCUGAUCUGGCUGGCUUCGACUUUCGGUUGGUCAACCAUUUGGGACUUGUUAGUUCCUCCUUUCAUUAACCUGCGGGCUAUAACGAACAAGAUCCGCACCGCAGAGAAGGUGGAACAGGAUCGCCGAAAGGUGAACAUUUCGAACUAACCACCCAUGUAUGCUUACUUUUUGUUGUGAAAGCAGCGUGUCUCCGUCUUUCCCCGUUUUAGUUUCAUGUUUAAUAAGACUAGUCGGUCAUUUGGUUUUGUACAGUACAGAAGGCCACAUGCUUCGCUGUGCCUGGAGCCCUAC